AUGGAGGGGUCAUUCAUGGUAGUACCAAAUCCCCCUCAUUUUGUUCGCAGUCUCGAGGAUGAACGAAGGCAUUGGGCUCCAUCUUUCGUACCAACAGACAUUCUUCCAGGUCUAGGCCUGCUCGUCAAGCUUCUACCAAACUUAUUCCACGCUACCUCCCAUCUACACGGUCCGACUCAUCAAGAAUUAGCAUGCCUCUCACUACAGUCUCGCCUUCAUCCUCCAGAGAACACUACCAUUAAUCGUAUAUCAUACGUCGCUGGAGGGUCAACUGUCCCACUCGCCGAUUUAUGUGCCUCCAGCACAAUCGUGGAUGUGUCUGUCUGUCGCGUGGAGUUUGUGACCCAGACAAGCGAAACGUCCGCGGUCCGUGCCGAGCUUUGGUUGCCUGACGAGUGGCAUGGCCGGUUUUUAGGGUUAGGGAAUUCCGGGCUAUCUAGCUGCAUGGACUAUGCUGGCCUAAAUUACGCAUCCACCGUUCAUUUCGCUGCUAUUGCAUCAAAUGGGGGGCAUGAUGGGGGCACCCUUCAUUUUCUCAAUCGUCCGGAAGUUAUAAACGACUUUUCAUUUCGAGCCGUCCACGUAGAAGCUGUAGUCGGAAAACAUAUCGUGGAGGCUUACUAUCAGCGGCCGCACAGCAAGUCGUACUAUCUCGGCUGUUCAACUGGCGGGCGGCAAGGAACUCAAGCCGCUUUGAAGUAUCCACAAGAUUACGACGGCAUUGUUGCGGGGGCCCCUGCGCUUAACUUCAAUCAUCUAAUUUACUGGAGCGGCAUAACAGCACGUCGUCUGACCUCUGCAAAUAUACCCCUCAAGACCUGGCAAAACCUCGUCUCACCAGAAAUUCUCAAGCAGUGCGAUGGACUGGAUGGAGUUAUGGAUGGAAUUAUCACCGAGCCUGAUGACUGCAAAUUCGACCCCCAAGUUCUGUUAUGUCGGGAGGAUAAUACGGCGCAUUGCUUAACACAGCUCCAAGUUGAGGUUUUGCGCGAGCUUUACUCCCCGCUUGUGGUACAAGGCCGACUUGUUUGCCCUCGCCUCGACCCUGGGGCGGAAAGCGAUCCCCAAAGCUUCUCCUUGCUGACUGGGGAGGCCCCGUAUUACACCGCGGAUUGGCUCCGAUAUGCCGUAUUCAACGACACCGAAUUCGAUCUACAACGAUUAGAUGAAGCGCACCUCCGAGUCAUCGACCACAUCGAUCCUGGCGGCAUUUCCACCUUCAAUGGUGAUCUCUCUGCGUUCCGCAAUCGCGGCGGCAAAUUUAUCACCUACCACGGACGAAUGGACCCGAUCGUUGUUUCUGGCAACUCAAAACGUUUUCACGAAUUGGUUUCGCAGACUAUGGGCAAUCCUGAUGACUUUUUCCGUCUGUUUCUCAUUCCCGGCAUGGGUCACUGUUUCGGUGGGCCUGGUGCAACAAAAUUCGGACACCAUGGCCUCACGCCCGGCCGGAAUAACUCAGAGCACAACAUCUUAUCCGCAAUUGUUGAAUGGGUCGAAGGCGGUGUUGCACCAAGUUCCUUCGUUGGUGUGGGAGAUCGGGGCCAGACGAGGAGACAUUGCCUUUACCCUCGCCAGAGUGUUUGGAAUGGGAGUAAAUUUGUAUGCAGAUGA